UAGGAUAACAAAUUUCGUGGACAUCGACAGUAACACCAAAAAUGUCAUCACAAACUUUGCCAUCCUAGCUAUUAGUUUAACACCUUUCUUCCAUUUUUAGCGGUAGAAUACAGAGAGAAUCAUGACGUCGAUUAUUAAGAAUCAGAUCAUCAAACACUUGUCGAAAUUCGUCAAGAACCUUUCUUCAGACAAGAUUGGUCUGAGCACGCUGAAAGGGGAAGGUCAGCUAACCAACCUAGAAUUAGAUGAACAGGUUUUAAUGGAUGUUCUGGAACUACCAUCAUGGAUUGUCAUUUCGAAAGUCACAUGCAAUAGACUCUCCAUAAAGAUUCCGUGGACAAAGCUAAAGACACAUCCAAUAUGUUUGUACUUGGACCAGGUGGAGCUAGAAAUGGAGACAUGUCGAGAUCUCAGGAAAACAGAGAAUAAACAGUCUUUGCAGUCAGCACCAAGCAAGUACGGAUUCCCGGAGAGAGUUGUAGAUGGAAUGUAUGUUCAUGUUAACUCAAUCAUUGGGAAGUUCAAAUCGGACACAUUCCAUGCAGAUAUACAGAUUGCCCAGCUUGUUGUCCAGAGUACAACCCCAGACUGGAAGUCAGCAGACCUGAGAUACUCCAGGAUUAAAGACAUGAAUCGAGGACAGGUUCUUACCUUCAAGGCAGUGGAAUGGUCCACGUUUAGACUGACAGUAGAUGCGAUAGAGAGAGGGUCGGGCUCUCCCACUACACCAAUUAGGUUGAUCACAAAUCAAGGAAAGAUCUGCAUCACGAUCAAGAAACGACUCAACGACUGUUCCCUGGUGACAUCCAGACUACAAGUGCUUCUGGACGAUAUCCUCUGGGUUCUCACCGACUCCCAGAUCAAGGCCGUCAUGCUUCACAUGCGCAGUCUCAACCCUGUUAUUCAGAAGGCUGCGGCUCAGAGUAAAGUGCAUGCCGAGGCAGCAGGAGAGGCUGUGAGCAACCAACACCCCACGGAGGAUCCCACCAACAGACCUCAGAAUGUCAAAACCUCCAAGGAACUUCAACUGCUCCAGUUCUUUGAGCGCUACGACGUCCCAGAGACAUCCUAUCACUUCUUCACCAAGAGGGUCGACCUCCACCUCUGUGACGAAAUGAAUCGACCCGAGAUAGACAAGAAUGCGGCAAAAGAAUCAUUCAAAAGGAGAAUAGAGGGAGGUGCUAUGCAGAUCUCAUUUUCUGGUGUUUCAUUUGACUACUAUCCUUAUCAUAUAGCAAGUAGUUCUCGGACACACUGGCAGUACUUUGAUGAUGCAAUGAGUCUCUCAGAUAAAUGGAUACACACCAUCCUAGCCCACUUCAAGCAACAGUACGCCAUGGCCCGCAACGAACUUAAGAAAAGAACUGCCCCGCCCACUCAUCCGGCCACGCCCCCACCCCAUCCACACACAAAACAGACCACGCCCCCUGCACGCCCUGCCACACCCCCAAACAGGACUCAAUCGCAAGUUGGCAGGGAGCGAGCCUCGAGCGCCAGCCACGGCCGUCCGCCGGGGCGCCCUGGGGGCACAGCCGCCCCACCCCAAGGUCAUCCCCGAUCCGGUGCUGUGCCUGGUCAGUCAAUGCGGACAUCGGUCAAGCUCAUGUCCAGCUGCCUGGUGUUCCGAAUACGAGCGUUGCAGCUGAGCAACGUGGCCACGUCGGACCGGGGUGCGAACAACGAGGAAAACCUGCGCAAUAAUCUUUUCUUGAUGUCAGACAAGAAGACAUUCCACUUGCCUCCUGAGAUACCGUCCAUACAUGUAGAAUACAUGUCUUUCUACUUCCCUAAUGAACUUGACUUCCCAGUGCCAGCUCCUGUGAUCUAUGCUCAGAUUAACCCUAUGCAGCUCAGACUGGACAAUACUACUAUGCUAUGGCUCAACCAGUUUGCUUUCAAUGUUAUGCAGACAUUACCUGAAAUAGAGGAAAUAGCUCCAGCCUCCCAAACUAGCACAGGACAGGACCACAUUGAUAUCAGAAUAGAUGCUCUUAUGCAGAAGGUACUGGUUCCUGUCCCUGACCCUGUGGCCAACCAACCUGACAGGCCCAAGAUCCUCCAGGUCCAAGUCUCACAAGUAACAGCAACCAACUGCCGGGUUGGGACUAACUCCUCCAGACCGGACCUGUCUAAAGUCCUGCAGAAAUUCCAAGGAGUCCAACUCUUUCAUUCUUCGUCGUUCCCAGGCAAAAAGACGGAUCUGGAGACAUUGCCAGCACAGUUCUGGAAGCAUGCUUAUGAACCCAACUUCCUCCUGCCUCCAGAGAUGCAGGAGGAUAGGAAGGAUGGUUCUGUUCACAAGAAUGGGACACCGCCUCAGCUAAGGGACGGGUUAGAACACCCCAAACAGCUUCAGGAUGUGAAGAUGACGACGUAUACCUUCAGACCGAAUGCAGCUGAUGAUGUCUGGGGCAUCAAGGUUGAUCAGAUCUGGGCAGACUUUGUUGGAGUGCCCAGCUCCCCGGACAGGCCAGUACCAUUCAUCCAGCCUCUGCCGCUCAGCCUAUGGAUGUGCUCAGCCAAUAGCAAUACAGCAUUACAAUCACAUGACCAUAUAUCUGGGAGUAGCCCAUCUCUUGCCAAUAUGCACAUGGUUGUAGACACGCCCUCGUUUGUGGACAUCACCAUCAACCACUAUCAGCUUCUGUUCCUUCUUAGACUCCAGCAAUCCUUGCAAGUCCUCUCCUCAAACAUGGAACUUGACCAAAACCUUUUCGCCAAAGAUGAACCUCAGGAGGCGAUGCCCGCCGUCGCCAGUCGUGUGAUCUCCGUAGUCUUCCCCAGUAUCCAUUUAACCCUGCUCGGACCCCCAUCGUCGGGUACCGACAAACAGGAGGAUGAGACAACGUCGGCCAGUGAUGUAACCAAGGAUGAUGGGAAGGUAGAGGAAAGUAGUCAGGAAGCAGAAGCCGAUGGUGGUGGUAGCGUAGAAGAAUUGACAAACAUUCAGAAGACAGAACUAUCAGAUUUAGAUCAGAGUAGCUCUGAGGUUGUUACAGACUCAUCGUCGCCUAUGUCGGACUUGGUUGAUCUUGAAAGUGACGUUAAGAAUGGUAUAUGCAAUAGUGUUGUGAAUGGAAAUGGUGUUCAUGUUAUGGAUCGUAGUGACAUAAAGGCAUUGAACCUUGGACCACCUGGUGCAGUGGUUAUCACUGAUGCAACACCCAAUGGCAAUGGUCACACGUCCUUUCUCAAUAGCAAUGAACCGGUAACGAUCAAUGUGACUUCACAUCCUUUGGGCAAUCCUCAAGGACAAGCACCUAGGAAGAACAACUCCGCCUCAGACCUGACCCAAUCAGGGAGCGUAUCCUCAGAGACAAGCGGUGGCUCUUUGUCCAACUUCUCCGGAGGCAUCCCCAAGAGCAACAGCCAGAACUCCAUCACCAUGCAGAUGAAUGCGCUCAUGUCGGCCAGCUCUAUGGCAUCAUUGGACGAGCAAGGAAUGGACUUUGAGACAAUAUCAGUGAGCAGUGAUUCCAGUGAAGGGUUCACGAUGGUUCCUCAAGGCUCGAGACCGGGAAGCACUGCGGAUAUCGAGUCAGAGAGUGGUUUAGGGAGCGAGUUUUCGCAGUCCUUGACAACCCAAGAUGGACAUCAGAGCAGCGUUCUUACCUCAUCGCCUAACCCUUUACCAGGAUCAACGUCCACUGUUGACAGUAGCACUGAUGAUCUAGUCCCCACCGAGGAGAAACCCAAGGUGGAUGACUUUGCUGGAUGCAUCCAUAAGCUACGUCAGGUCUCAGUCAUGACCUUUGACCUUCACGGGGUCAGUGCAGUGGUUCAGAUGUGCCACAAGGACAUGGCGGUUAGGGCAGCCGUCUUGGAUAUCGACAAGGAGGAAAAGGGCAAUGAGAGCUUCACUAAAUACAUGAAUAGAUUAGACUCAGUCCACGCCACCCUGACUGCAUGCAUAACACAAGCAUGCGUAGAAGAAAAACUAAUGUACUUUACGUGCACGCGGGAUGCUGUACGUUUUCUCUACAAUUUGCCUGCUAGUACCGAUAACGGUGACUAUCAGCGAGAGAGUGUAAAGCAGAGGAAAGGAAAGGAAGAAGAGGAAGAAAAGACAGUGGUAAAACCAGCCAAGGCAUUGAUGCGGUUUACUUCCGGGCCUUUGGCAGAGAAGCUGUGUGAGAAAGCAGGAGAGAGGGGUUACCUGCAACUACAGUUGAGUGAUGUAGACCUGAAUUUCCUCAAGUCAUCGCUGACCAACCUGAGCUCCCUGGUCCAAGAUGAGCUGGACUCUCAGCCCAUGCCACUGGACAUCACAGUAUUCAACACAGCUGUUACAUUACAGGACGAUUCACCUCUGGUCUACCCUGAUACUGUUUCAAGCCCUCCUCUUCAACUGAGAAUACCAUCAGUUAGAGUACAUCGGUCUCCAGAUGGCGCUUUCCAUGUCAAAGGUAUCCAUCCCCAAGGCAUCAGCUUGAAAGCAACAGAAGACAACGGCCCCACGCCACCAACCACACACCAAGACAUAGACACCAACACACCCACACCGUCACAAGACACAGCUGCCGUGGCAACGCUCAACGACGAGAACACCAUCCUCCGCAGCCAGAUGGCUCAUAUGAAGGACGCCCUCGCAGUGCUCGAGAGGGAGAGGACGUCGUUACUGUCAACGCUCGAGCACUUGCAGGAAGAACUGUUGACGGCGGAUAGGGAGAGGGAUAAGCUGAAGGAACAUGUGGUGGAGCUUAGUCGGAGAGUCAACCUGGGAAGAUGAGAAUCCCAGCGGUAUUCUUGAGUUCUGGUGAGGUAUCUGUGUGUUAAUGUGGAUCGAGGUGUUCACCAGGGAUGCUUUCUACCGUCUACGCACUUCACUAUUGGGAGCUGCUGUAGGGAGGGCGGCAGGUUUGAGAAUGGUGAGAAAAUGGCAUCACUUUCCAUCAAGUCUUCACUAGGCACUUGUUACAACUGUCCAUCCAACGUAUAAGUCCGAAAGCCCCCGACUGAUUUGAUGAACCCUGGUCCAAGACCGAGUGAAAUUUAUAUGUUGUGUGUUUGCUAUGGAAAAGAUAGUUAUCGGCAGCAUAAUCUAGGACCCUGUCGUACAAAGAGUUGUGAAUGAUAUGAUCAACCACGACUAUGGAUGGCCAGCAACGUCACCAUCUAAAAUGCAAAUUUGUUUACAACAUUUUCUAGAUAUGAUAUACAUUCAUUCAUUCAUCGUUCUCUCAAAGAUUUGGUGUGUGAUUCUCUUUGUUAACUAAGGAGAUUGUGCGAAUUUCUGGUAGGAAAAAUCAUAGUAUGGAAAUUGAUUGGAUCAUUCGUAACUUUUUGUAAGACAGGCCUCGGUGGGUGGGCAUAGCCAUGUUGUUUCUUUAGAACAAAUUGACAGCGCCCACUGUUUGACCGUAUGUAUUUGAAAGAAAUGAUUUGCCAUGAUUUUGGAUGGAAUUACUUCACCAGAAAUCAAGAUUACCUAUGUGUACUUUGCUAUCGAUAACCAAAGCAAUAAACCUAUGGUAGUGGUGAUGAGAUAAAUUAUCAUGUACUUUUAGAACAAAAUCAAAGAUUUUGAGAGAUAAAUACUAUUUAUUUAGGCCCUUACAAGUGGGUUUCAAAGCAUCUGUUAAGAAUGUUUCAUCAUUAACAGGAAUGAUGAAUAAGCUUUUAGCGCAAUAAAGUACUUAUUCAUAUGAUCAGUAUGUGUAUUAAAGUAGAAUGAAACGCUGGGAACAUUCAUAGCUUGUGUGAAAAUAGACAAAUCAAAGAAACAGAUGAAUGAAAGUUUGAGAAAAAUUUAACAAAUAAUAAAGUUAUGAGCAUUUGAAUAUUGAGUUCACCAUUGAUGUGGACAUCCUCCCAUUGGCAAGGGGAUGAACAUGUGUGAUUAUUACACUCGUACAACUUCCAAAUUGCUUUUCUACGUAUUUUACUGAUAUCGCCACCAUACAUGUAUCUAUCUAUUUUUUUCGGUAAAUUGCCAAUUUGUCUAUUGCCAACUCGUCCACUCAUCACAUGGUU